GCGUAGUGGACGCUCGUACACUCACUAUUCACCCUAGAAAUAUAUUUGAACUAAAGAUUCUAUGAGUAUCAACAACCAUGCUUAUAUAUGACAAACAUUAAUAAUAAAAAUUUCAUUAGUAAAAUUAAAUUAUUGAUUUCUAAUAAGCAAUUAUUGAAAUGGCUAAGUGACAAGCGACGAAUUUUAUAUACAAUUUUAUGACAGGUCAUGUUAUCAGAGUGUACACAAAUACACAGUGAAAAGAAUGUGUUGAGCGUAUGGCGUUGAGAAGUCCUCAAGUCAGUUCAUCCAGCAUGGUGUACCACCACCGUCAGAACACUCCAAUGAGAGCCCCGCCGACAGCCCUGAUGAGGAAUUUAUCCAAAAGUGCCGAGACCUUAGUGGCGACCACCAGAUGCGGAAAAGAACUGAAGGCUCGAAAGGUUCGGAGCACGGAACAAGCUGAAGGUAGUCUGGUGAAGGGGUCGAGUUCCGGGGGUCUACCUAUGUUGGUCAAAUGGGAAGAUAACGACAGUCUGAAGAGUAGAUCAAGGAACGGCAGUGGCAGCAGCAGAGCGGCCAGUUUGGACCGAAGCACCCAGGGCUCCAACAGCGCUCUCAGCUCGGAAGAGGAUAAUAUUAACGUUGUUGUCAGAGUUCGUCCGGUGAAUGACAAAGAGCGGUCUAUCCGUGAACAAAACAUGCUGGAGUUCCCCGGCAAGGGUCAGAUCGUCUGUCAAGGCUCAGCCCCCGGACAGAAGCCUAAAGUAUUCUCAUACAACGUCGUCUUCGAACCCGCCGCCACACAAGAAGACGUGCUAGAGUACUCGGGCAUCAAGCGUCUGCUAGAGAUGGCAGUGCAGGGUUUUUCCUGCACAGCCUUCUGCUACGGACAGACCGGAAGUGGCAAGACACACACACUCACAGGACCUCCAGGACUUGUCGAGAGCGGCGCCAGUCCCUUCGCGGCCGAUCACGGGCUCGUGGUGCGCUCGUUCGUGUAUCUCUUCCAACUUCUCAGGGAUCAUCCUGAUUGCCACUUCGUACUGAAGGCUUCCUUUCUUGAGAUAUAUAAUGAAAAGGUGAUGGAUCUACUGAACCCCGGUACUUCGAGGAAGCCCUUACAAGUCCGAUGGUCCAAAGACAGUCGAAGUUUCUACGUGGAAAACCUUUUUACAGUUGACUGUGAGCAGUUGGAUGACCUGUUCGCUGUUUUAGAGGAAGGUAUGCGUAACCGCUCUGUGGGUAGUCACUCAAUGAACGCUCACUCCUCGCGCUCGCACACCGUGUUGAGUGUUCGCGUGAGGCGAGACGAGAGCUCCAGGGACGUGAGGUGCAGCACACACGGGAAGAUUAACUUCGUGGACCUGGCGGGCAGCGAGAUGACGAAACGAACGAACAGCACCGGCAAGACGCUCGAGGAGGCUAACAAUAUCAACAGGAGCUUGAUGGUCUUGGGAUACUGCAUAGCUCAACUUAGUGACGGAAGAAAAAAAGGUCAUAUACCAUACCGGGACAGCAAACUUACAAAGCUGCUGGCUGACAGUCUCGCUGGGAACGGAGUGACUUUAAUGAUCGCUUGCAUAUCACCGACAAAGUCAAAUUUCAGCGAAACAUUAAACACGCUUCGUUACGCCGCUCGCGCUAAGAAGAUCAAGACUAAACCGAUCGUUAAAAUGGACGCCCGAGACGCCCUCAUCCUCAGCUUGCAGCGGGAGGUGCAGGCGUUGCAGGCGGAGAACAUGCACUUGAGAACAGCGCUACAUGUGCAGGUCGACUAUGACGGCGAGGGUUACAGUCGAAGAAACCGUGGCACGCCACAAGUGUCCGCCAACAAGCUGUACACGCUGCCACAAACGGAACUCGUCGAGCUGGUUCAACUACAUAUGGAAGAAAACACAGCAUUGAGACAAGAGAACACUGAACUAUUUGUGGUCAGAGACCAACUGCUGAGGGAACAGGAGCUACUGAGCAGAGAAAAUGAAAGGCUAUUGAAAAAACUAGAAGAUGUUAACUCGGAAUAAUAUGGACUGCGCUGAUCGUAUAGCAGGUCAGUGGCAUAUGCAAACGCAUGCUGAAUCUGCAUGCAUGACAACAGUAGUUACCGACUGCGCACCCAAUAUAUAUUACCCUAGCAUGAAUUUUGUAAUACAAAACACAUAACUCCUUAAUUUUCAAAUAGGAUAAGUCUAGGAAUAGAUUAGCUUAAUAGGGGAAUAACAUUCUUCUCACUUAAAUACGGAAGUGAUUAGUGAUGCACUGAUUUUUCGAUAUUAAUUUCUCAAGGACUUCUCUCAUUGAAUCAAAUUUUAGCACACCACUGUAUUUACUAAGGAGACAAUUGAAAGGUUUCCCUUAUAAAACACAUAAUCUUGUAACAUUAUUUAAAGCAUGUAGAAAUUCUAACUAGACUUUUGAGUGAAAUACAUGUACGUAUUUUUAAUGAAAGAACUGUCUCAAUGAAUAUUGUUUAAAAAUUACUACACUACAAAGUGUUCGGUCAAAUAAGUUUAGCAUAUAUCAUGAACGAAAAUCCUCAACAUCUUAUUUAUUUCAGUGUUUGCACUCGGUCUCCGAUCAUACCAGCUCGACCAGCAUACUCUGACGUCGGUCCCAAUGAUGCCAACAUUUGGACGAACCGUACGAGUUCCACUAACAGUGUUAUAAGUAGUAACAGUUAAAUGUGCCUUCCUACAAAUAA